AUGCAAAAGAGAAAUGUCAGUAUCAGCACUGUAGGCGGCAGAGAGAAAAGGGCAGAGGGAGAGUGAAGCAAGUCAGAGUGUGUCUUCCAACUUCGAAGCUCCGACGCAGCUUUUUAACCAUUCUCGCUUCUUCUCGCAUUGCCACUAUGCUUUAACCAUUUCUGGGGUUAGGGUUUUUGCAUCUCAGAGAAUUCGAAAUGGACGAAGAUUAUGACUACAGAAGGAAGGCCAAGAUUGCACUCAUCGCCAUUAUGGUGUUCGCUUCCAUCGCCGUCUUUGCCUUGUUCGUUGCCUUUGCUUACUACUGCUACAUCCUCAACAAGGUCUCCAACCGCCGCAAAAGCCUCAAAAAAGUUGAAGACGCAAACCUUAAUGAGAAUAGUGACUUUGCAAAUCUGCAAGUCAUUGCCGAGAAAGGACUUCAGGUGUUCACUUUCAAGCAGCUGCAUUCUGCAACAGGGGGCUUCAGCAAGUCGAAUGUCGUUGGUCAUGGUGGAUUUGGACUUGUUUACCGGGGAGUGCUCAAUAGUGGCAGGAAAGUUGCCAUUAAAUUCAUGGAUCAGGCAGGAAAGCAAGGGGAAGAAGAAUUUAAAGUAGAGGUGGAAUUGCUAAGCCGGUUGCAUUCACCAUAUCUGCUGGCAUUGCUUGGGUACUGCUCUGAUAGUAAUCAUAAAUUGCUGGUGUAUGAAUUUAUGGCAAAUGGUGGACUGCAGGAACAUCUUUAUCCUGUUAGCAAUUCUAUUAUUACACCCAUAAAGUUGGAUUGGGAAACUCGACUAAGAAUAGCACUUGAAGCUGCUAGGGGGUUAGAAUAUCUUCAUGAGCAUGUCAGUCCCCCAGUUAUUCACAGAGAUUUUAAGAGCAGUAACAUCCUCUUGGAUAAGAAAUUUCAUGCCAAAGUUUCUGAUUUUGGAUUGGCAAAGUUGGGACCUGAUAGAGCUGGUGGACAUGUUUCAACUCGAGUUUUGGGCACCCAAGGAUAUGUUGCCCCCGAAUAUGCACUAACAGGGCAUUUAACCACAAAAUCAGAUGUGUACAGUUAUGGUGUUGUACUUUUGGAGCUGCUCACUGGCCGAGUGCCAGUAGAUAUGAAGAGACCUCCAGGAGAAGGUGUUCUUGUUUCUUGGGCUCUGCCUCUUUUGACCGAUAGAGAAAAGGUUGUAAAGAUUAUGGAUCCUUCAUUGGAGGGACAGUACUCUAUGAAAGAGGUUGUCCAGGUGGCUGCAAUUGCUGCAAUGUGUGUGCAACCCGAGGCAGAUUAUCGUCCUCUCAUGGCAGAUGUUGUGCAGUCAUUGGUUCCACUGGUGAAGACUCAAAGGUCCCCUUCAAAGGUGGGAAGCUGCUCCAGUUUCCACUCUCCCAAGUUGUCCCCCGGCCCAACAUCUAGUUAGUGCAUGUUACAUACAUUAUCAACAUUUAAAUGAUGGAUAGGUACAGGCUCACCUAACUUGUAUCUGUAUGCUUGGUACUAGUUGCCGUUUCUUUCUAAUCUUGAACAAUGCGAUACAUUUUGGUGAGGAAAAAAAAAUGGUGGGUUUAAUGCUAAUGUUCAAAUUCAUGAAA